GCCACCGACCGACACCCACGUGUUCGAGCCAUGUCGACGCAUCCUCCAUCAGUCGUCGCGACCGUCAAGCUCAUGGCAUCUGUCUCUUCUAUCUACAUGAGCCUUAGCCCCAUGGGCGACAUGACUCGCGUCCGCGCCAAGAUCCCCAUCGACAUGCUGCCCAUACUCUGCAUGUUUGCCAACAGCAGUCUCUGGACAUUGUACGGCGUCUUGGUGAACAACUGGUUCCCUCUGGUUGCCACGAACGCCGUGGGCAUGGCGCUCAGCGGGUACUACCUCGUGGUGAUCUACACGCAUGCAGGAACCCGCCGUGGCGCCGCCGCAAAGAAGACCCUCGCCACGCUCGGCUUUGUUGCAAUUGCGGUGGCUUAUUCCAUCUACGGCACCCGCCUGCAGCUCCAUCACGUCGCGACCCAUGUCGGCUACACUGGCGUUGCCGUGAGCAGCCUCACGGUCGCCUCGCCGUUGUCUUCCGUCGGCACCGUGUUCAAGCACAAGUCGGCGGCAUCCCUCCCAUUCAAGAUGAUCACCGCGGGCAUCGCAUGUUCGCUUAUGUGGCUGUCGUUUGGCGUGCUCAUCGACGACAUGCUUGUGAUCGCCCCCAACAUUGUCAACCUCGUGCUGGGGCUCUUCCAAUUGUCGCUCUGCUUUCUGUACCCCGCCGCCGCGACCAAAACCGACGCCGAAUUGGAACUGCCCACGAAACCCUCCUCCGAGUCGACCAAUAAGUAAUAUGUAGCGUUGGGCCAGUAGUUAUGCAUACAGUAUAUAUACUACCCCAGUAGUGUACAUAUGUCGUGGUACCUACAGUAAUUACUGUUAGGUGAUUCUAAUAUACUACUGUAAUUUCUGUCCAA